AUGAAAGACAGAGGCAAAGCUGUGGAAGCACAUAACAACAUUGACAUGGAGUACUUUUCUUCAUCUGAAAUGCCAUGUAGAAAACACCCCAAUUCAUCAUCAGUUGGGAUAUGCGCUUACUGUCUUAAAGAACGUUUGGUCAAGCUCGUCUGCUCAGAUUGUGGCGAGCAGCGUCUCUCUUCCUGCUCUUGCUCUGAGAUCUCAUCAAACCGGAACUCAUGCACUGUGGAGGUAGGUAGCGUUGGCAGAGUCUCAUUUCUGAUCGAGAAUGAAAAGCAUGAGGUUUUACAAUCAAAUUCCAAGGCCAACAAGACCCAAGAGAAAGAGGAUGUUGUGGUGCUCAGGAGAAGCAGCAGUAGCUGCGUUGAGAUUAAAAGAAGUGGGUUUUGGAGAUUUGGGAGGUUGUUUAGGAAGAAAAGAUCAGAAAAAGAUUGUGGGAACCAAAGUGUUGUUGGGUUUGAUGAGAAAAGUGAGAUGUGGCUCGUUGAUCAUAUGGGCGUGUCAAGGUCCAGGAGCUCAAUUUCAGCUGCAAGAAGUUCCAGUGUCACUACUGCUGGUAUGGUUUUAGAUUCUGGAAGAAAAAGUGGGUUCAGUGAAGGAAGAAAAAGCGGAUUCAGCGAAGGAAGAAAGAGCGGAUUCAGUGAAGGAAGAAAGAGCGGGUUCAGUGAAGCAGAGCCAAGAAAAAGUGGUUUUGAUGGUGAAAAGAAAGAUGAGGUUCUGGCUUCUGAAUUGGGUACUGAUUUUAAGGGUGCCAAGAAGAAUGGCCUUAUGGAGGCUGCUGAUAAGGGGUUCAGUGGGGCAACAAGAAGAGUUUUCUCACUCAAGGAGAGUGAUUUUAGUGGCAUGGAUGAAUCAGGGUUUAUUGACUUGAAGCUUGAUUAUUCAACGGAGUCCAAGCCAGAAUUCUCUGCAAUGAAGAUGGGAAAUAUCACAGAUACAGAUUCUGUAUUUGGAAGCAUGAGAGGCAGUGACUUUGUGGCAAAUGAAUGUGGAGGUCCAUUUGGAGGUCUAAUUGGAGAUGGUAUUUUCAGCCAUGGAGGUUCUUGUAGAAUAACAGUCAAUGACAGAGGGAUCAAGAGGGGGAGGAAAAGUUUGAAGGGUUGGAAAUGGAUUUUCAGGCAUCAUCCAAGCUGGGGAAGUACUAGGAAGAAAGAUGAAGAUUUAAUGUUCAAAACCUGA